CAGAGGCGGCCCUCCUUGCUAGUGUGGGACUUCCCAGCGGAGUGAGGGACCCAGCCACGGCUCCGGCUCCCAAGUUCCCUUCCCAGAGACGCAGCUGAGAACCUCCAUGUACUCGGAGAUCCAGAGGGAGCGGGCAGACAUCGGAGGCCUGAUGGCCCGGCCCGAAUACAGAGAAUGGAACCCAGAGCUCAUCAAGCCCAAGAAGCUGCUGAACCCCGUGAAGGCCUCCCGGAGCCACCAGGAGCUGCACCGAGAGCUGCUCAUGAACCACAGAAGGGGCCUGGGCGUGGACAGCAAGCCAGAGCUGCAGCGGGUCCUGGAGCACCGCAGGCGGAACCAGCUCAUCAAGAAGAAGAAGGAAGAGCUGGAGGCCAAGCGGUUGCAGUGCCCCUUUGAGCAGGAGCUGCUGAGACGGCAGCAGAGGCUGAACCAGCUGGAAAAACCACCAGAAAAGGAAGAGGACCAUGCCCCCGAGUUUAUAAAAGUCAGGGAGAACCUGCGGAGAAUUGCGACGCUCACCAGCGAAGAGAGAGCUCUGUAGAGGGGGUUGUUGACCCUCCAGCCCCCCCCCCCACCGCCACGCCCGCCUGCAGCCCUUCCGCGCGCCUGCCAGCCCCGGGGCCCCCAGCCUGGGGCCAUCUGCAGUGAUGUUCACGCUUGCUCUUGUGAAAAUGCCCCAGAGAGCCUGGGCCCUCCUUCCCACCCCUAAAGAAGCCGGGGGCCCCUAAGCUCCCUGGUUUUUCCUUCCGAGCACUCACCGCUUCUGCUCCAAAAAGAAGCUGUUGCCGAGAAAACUUUCCCAAGGCACCUCUCCUGGAAGGUCUGCUGAGAUUCUCCUGGUAGAACUGGGAAGGAUUGAGAGGCCCCUCUUUGGCCUGACCAGCCCUCCAUCUUGCCCAGGCCCCACGGGCCCCUGCUUCUCUGGACAGCCCAGCUCCCUGCUCUCCGAAAGCUUCCCUGACUGUGGUUUCCCCUGCGGUCAGGUGGGGGGCAUUGAAGUAGAGCAUCUCAGAACACCUGCCCUAAAAGGCAGCUGAGGGGAAUAUGGUUCAAGUGCAGCUGUCCUUGGGGAGGAAGGGCAGGGCAGCUCCGAAGGCAACCUCGGGGCUCGAAGCCGCCUGGUUGCAAGGGUACUGAUAAGGAAAACUUCUCCGAGUUUGCCAGCUUCCCCCACACCCAGGCGCUUGCUUUCUCCUCUCUGGGGCCUCCCUGUCUGGGCCUGGUAACCACACCUAACCAGGGCUGUGGCCUUCCUGCUCCCCAAAGUCUAGAACAGUGCUUCUCAAACUUGCUUGUGCCUAUAAAUCACUGGGGGUCGUGUUACAGGACAGCUUGUGAUUCAGGAGAUCUGGGCUGGGGGCUGAGAGUCUGCGUUUCCAAACAGCUCCGGGGCUGGGGCUCUCACCACCACCCUGUAAGCAGCCGGGGACAGUAAAUACUGGAAACAUCAUCCCUGAAGCCACCUCUGCCCUGAAGGGGUUCCCCGCCCUGCCCCUGCAGCCCCAAGGGCUCUCGAAUAUCCACCCCAUUCCAGGGUCCCCAGACCUAGGAAGACAUUUGCCCAGCAAAUUAUGUCCAUUUCAUAAUUGCCAUUGUCACUGGAGAGGUCUAUCAUUGCCAAUCUGCAUUUUCUUACCCCACUGUUCUGAUGCAAUUCUAGCGAAAAAAAAAAAAAUUAUUUUCCCUUUUCCCGAAGUCUAUGGAGAACAAAUACACAGUGAUUUCCAUGGGUUUCUGGAAAUACGAACGGUGGUUCAUAGGCUCCUUUGAGUCCCCAUUUCCAGUUCCUGCACCGGCUCCCUGCUUGGUUUCCACCACCUGAGCUCUGUCUCUCAUUCUUCCUCAAAACCCUCCCCACGCGAGACCCCGUGUGUCAACCUUCUGCUUCUAGCCCACUGUUAAUGAUUUAGAGAAGAAACCAGGCCAGUUUCUUCCCUGCCCCGUGAGGGAUAAAAUCCCUGCCCUCUGGUCUUGCAACCCCUUCAUUUAAGGUGAUAGGGCAGUGUUAGAAAAGCAUUUCCUUCCACCGCCUCUCCCCGCCAAAAACGGCCAGAAAAAGCUGCUGCUGGAACACUAUUUUAUUCUCGGACCAAACAUGGGACGUUCAGCAGGAAAGGGGUCAUCCUGGUCUCAACCCCUAACUGAGUGGUUUGAGGAUGACCAAGACGGUGCCCUUUUCCUGGGUGGGGUGCCCACCAGUGUAAAUAGACAUGCUGCCUGCCGGGGUGUGUGUGUGUGUGUGUGUGUGUGUGUAUGCAAGCCAGGCUCUAAAAGGCUCAAGACUCUGUCUUAGUGAGAACGUGGUCAUGGUAUUUUCAUGUCUGCCUCUUGAGAGCAAGUGUAAAGCACAAUCCCCAAAUAAAGACCACCAUUUCACCAAAGACAUCUCCCCCUGAGGUCUGUGUGUUGCUCAGACAUAUGACAAGAAGCAGGACAGAGCAUCUGGGAUGGAGCAAGCCCCUCGGAGAGGAUGGCUCGGAUUCCACUCGGUGCUCCCUAGAGGUGCUCUGGGGAAGCGGCAAGCCACGGAGAUGAAACUCCACAUCGUCCAGUGGGGCCUUGGCAGCCACCCACAUCCACGCCCCUUCUCUCUAGCUGCCUCCCACUGUGGAGGUUAUAAAUCCCAACUCCCACUGUUCCAGACUCCUUUGCAGCUUGGGGGGACAUAUGAACAGGUAUGGCCAGUGAAAUUUAAGAGGAACUCUACAGGGGCUUUUGGGAGAGUUUAUGCUUUUCUGCUAAAAGAGGCAGACAUGUGUGGCCCUGGCCCUCCAUUCUUCCUGCCUUGAUGGAAGAGGUGAUGCCUGGAGCCACAACAGUCAUUUUGCCACCAUGAGGAAAAGCCAAGAGAAUCUCGGAGCACUGACCCUGUCAUCAUUUGACCAAGCCAAUGCCAGCAGCCAUCCUCCUCCAGAAUUCUUCCAAAUAAAAAAGAAAACCCUCUUUGUUUGA